AUGCGAAGUUGUGACAGAAACCUGUCGCACUCGAUGAUGGUUUUGCCAGCGUAUCGGAGGGGGAGGAGGAGUUUUAGGGUGUCCUUAUCAGGGGGGGACACUGGCGAGGACCUUACCGGCGACGAGGGGGACGGAGGACUGCCCGCGGGCGAAGACAGCUGUUGUGACUGUCCGCCGGGCGAACUUCGCGAGGAACAAGUGCUUGCGUGGCCUCGCGGCGGCGAUGGCGGUGAAGGCGAUGGAGGAAGUCCGGGGGCGGGCCGGUCCAAGAAUGCGGUGGAGUGUCACUGGGCUCGGUCUUGGGAGGCCUUUCUAACCGCGGCCCCAGGGAGGGCUGGGGGAUCACUUGAGGGGUCGCUGGAGGCUGUGCGACUGCCUCAGUUCCUCGAGGGAGAUGGGGAUCUCCUCGCGCUUGACCUGUACUGGCGACAGGUUGGGGGAUGCGGGCACCUGGAGAGGCAGGUCAAGAUGGGACAGGACGUACCGAAGGGCUGGGCCGCGGGGGUGCUGGACUCGUCGGAUUGGCAUGUAAUGCCCUUCGUCGGUAGUGAUGGACCGCGGAGUAUGAUUAGGGCACGGUUGUCGAUCACAGAUGAAGAAGGGAGCUCGAUUCCCGUUGCUUUCGGGGUCGUCGCGGGAGACGUCGACUUGCUCCUGGGUGUCGAAGGCAUGCUCAAUUCGAGAGCAGUCGAAGAAUUUGUCAGCCACGGUGAUGGGGGGGAGGAAGGUGAGGUGCGCCAGGAACCUAAGCCACGCGUCCGUGAGGACAAGUACCACCCACUGAAAGCUGGGGGCGUUCAACUAGAUCUCACUGAAGCGAUGGGCAGGCUGUGCGCAUUGGUCCGUGCGCAGCUGGUCCGUGCACAGCAUGCCGACGCGGCCCCGGGGGCCGGUGAGUCAGAGCGGCUGUGUCAGCGGAGCCCGAGCUGUGCCGUGCACUGCCGUCCUAUCUAA